AUGUGCCCUUACGUUUCGAAUUUCGGAUGGCUUUUGGAGGAUCCGAUAUGCCAUGAACAGGAUAAUUUGUAUGGAGAAAGAACAGAAAUAUCGGACUCCAUUGGUAUUCUUCAUUGUCCUUCAUCACAGAUACAAGCUGGAAACAGUAAUGAAUCUUUGUAUUUUGAUGGAGAUUUGAAGAUGGUGAAGAAGGUCAACCAUAAUGCCAGCGAACGUGAUCGCCGGAAAAGAAUUAAUACGCUGUAUUCUACUCUCCGGUCACUGCUUCCGGUAGCGGAUCAGAGGAUGAAAUUAAGCAUCCCCUCGACAGUGUCCCGAGUGCUGAAAUACAUACCAGAGUUGCAGAAAGAAGUUGAGAGACUACUCGAAAAGAAGGAAAACCUUGUAGCAAAGAUUUCUAAGCAAGAAAAUUCUAUUCAAUAUUAUAGGAAGCAAAGAAGAACAGCAGAUCAUCGGAGCUCAGUAUUAGCUGUUUCAGCUAAUCGAAUAGGUGAUAGAGAUGUAGUGAUUCAAUUAUCGAAGUUGAAGAUCGAAAACGGUUCAUUUUCUGAAGCUCUACUGCAAUUGGAGCAGGAAGGAAUUCUUAUAUUGAAUGCAUCUAGUUUUGAAUCUUUUGAUGGAAGGGGUUUCUACAAUUUGCAUCUACAUGUACAAGGAAAUCAAGCCAUUGAUGUCGAAAUAUUAAAGGAAAAGAUCUUAUUAUUGUAUGAGAAGAGGGAAGAAAUUCUUGUUUAA